AGAGAAUACUUCCGGGGCGGUCCGGAGACACCGGGACGGAAGUGACGUAGGCCAUCGCGUCCGGGGCGGGAUGGAGCAGCAGCAGCAGCAACAACUGAGAAACUUGCGAGACUUCUUGUUGGUCUACAAUCGGAUGACCGAGCUGUGCUUCCAGCGCUGUGUGCCCAGCCUGCACCACCGAGCUCUGGACGCCGAGGAGGAGGCCUGUCUGCACAGCUGUGCAGGGAAGCUGAUCCAUUCCAACCACCGCCUGAUGGCGGCCUACGUGCAUCUCAUGCCCGCCCUGGUCCAGCGCCGCAUCGCAGACUACGAGGCUGCCUCGGCCGCGCCAGGGGUUUCUGUAGAACAGUCUAGAGAUUCGUCACCGGGCAGCUAGCUGUCUUUGCAGCCAGGAGAGAAGGUGCUUGGAUGGACCGUCUGUGGACCUCAGCUUGGCGAAAUGUGUGCAGAGAUUGAACCUGAAAGCUGGGUACUGUUGCUCCUUUUCCUGGAGCCAAUAAACCCGGUUUUUACUACUGGG